AUGGCGAGCCCCGCUGCGUGCGCCCCGGCGGCGCUGGCCGAGCUGCUGGGCGAGACGCUGUGCGCGGCGGACGGCUCCGCGGUGCCCACGGCCUCGCUGCCCGCGCGGGGGGUCUCGCUGGUGGGGCUCUACUUCGGCUACUGCGGCGCCGCCGGCGGCGGCGGGGGGGGGCCGGGCGCGCAGCUGGCCGCCAGCCUGGCCGCCUUUUACGCGCGCUUCCAGCCCGAGCAGCCCCCGCCGCCCGUGCAACCCCCGCCGCCGCAGCGCCUGGAGCUGGUCUUCGUCUCCGCCGAGCAGGACCGGGCGCGCUGGCUGGAGGCCACGCGGGACAUGCCCUGGCUGGCCCUGCCCUUCGCCGACAAGCGCCGCAAGUUGAAACUCUGGAACAAGUUCAGGGUCUCCAACAUUCCCUCGCUGAUAUUUAUAGACGCCAUCACUGGGAAGGUUGUGUGCCAGAACGGCCUCUUGGUAAUCCGAGAUGACCCUGAAGGUCUGGAGUUCCCAUGGGGUCCCCGUCCCUUCCAAGAGGUGAUCGCAGGUCCUUUGGUCCAAAAUAAAGGCCAGUCUCAGGACAGCAGCACCCUGGAAGGAUCCUACGUUGGCGUUUACUUCUCUGCACACUGGUGCCCUCCCUGUCGAAGCCUCACUCGUGUCCUGGUGGAGUCCUAUCGGAAAAUCAAGGACGUGGGACAAAAAUUCGAGAUUGUCUUUGUCAGUGCAGACAGAUCAGAGGAUUCUUUCAAGCAGUAUUUCAGCGAGAUGCCCUGGCUGGCAGUCCCGUAUGCUGAUGAAGCCAGGCGCUCACGUCUUAACCGACUCUACGGUAUCCAAGGUAUCCCAACGCUCAUCAUCCUGGACCCCAAGGGCGAGGUGAUUACGCGGCAAGGCCGGGUGGAAGUGCUGAACGACCUGGAUUGCCGGGAGUUCCCCUGGCACCCCAAGCCCGUCCUGGAGCUGACGGAGGCCAACGCUGUGCACUUGAACGAGGGCCCGUGCCUCGUUCUUUUUGUGGAUUCUGAUGAUGACGGAGAGUCCGAAGCAGCCAAGCAGCUCAUCCAGCCCAUUGCUGAGAAAAUAAUUGCCAAAUACAGAGCCAAAGACGAGGAGGCCCCGCUGCUGUUUUUCGUGGCUGGAGAGGACAACAUGACUGACUCCCUUCGGGAUUACACCAACCUGCCUGAAGCAGCUCCCCUCCUGACCAUCUUGGACAUGUCCGCCCGGGCCAAGUACGUUAUGGACGUGGAAGAGAUCACCCCCGACAUCGUGGAAGCCUUUGUGAAUGACUUUCUGCUGGACAAGCUUAAACCCGAACCCAUCUGAAGCGCCAGCGGGGGGAAGGGGGCAGGCAAGGCAGGAGAGGGCCACCCCCACCCCCGCUUGGACC